CGUUGCUUAGCGCGUCAUCCUCAUCCCGAAACUAAGUACUAACCACUUCCCAGAAUAUACGCCAUCUCCAUUAUUACUGUCACACUACCCAAAAGGUCUAUAACAGCAAAUUAUAAAGAAGCACAAAGGAGAGGAGGCGAAAGGAGGAAGGAAGUUUCCAGCCAGAAACAGGCCUCAAAACCGGAGAGAAAGUAUUUCAGAAGUCAAUUCCCAGGACAGAACAAAGCAUUGAAAAGAUAUGUGCUGCGAUGGAGAUUGCAGGCCUUUGGGCUUCCUCUUAGGCCUCCCCUUUGCCUUCCUUUCUCUCCUCAUCUCCAUAGUCGGAGUCAUCAUCUGGAUUGUCGGGUUGCUGUUGACAUGUAUAUGCCCCUGUUGCUUGUGCGUGACAAUCAUUGUGGAAUUGGCUCUGGAGUUGAUUAAAGCUCCGAUUCAUGUAAUGGAGUGGUUCACUUCUCAAAUACCUUGCUGAUCACCCUUCAAUCCCCAAUCAACUUGCCUGCUGUUGUUAUGAUUCCUUUAGCUUUUCGGAUUUCCGUCUAAUUUCAUCUUUUUUUUUUCAACUCUGGUCAUCCCUAGAUUUGAUAUGAGAUUAUUUUCAAGCGUGUCCUGUCCAAUGAUUGUUCGCAUGAUCUUCAAUGAGUUACAUAG